ACCAGGAUGGUUUGAACAAUAAAUUUCUUUUUGUACACAAAAUAUUCAUGUUGCCGGUAGCCGGCUAAGAAUGACAAAAAUAUGCUUUUGUUUCACAAUAUUCUUUAUCAUACUUUGUUCUUGAUGGGAAACGAAUUUUAGCCAAGUAAACGAGAAAAUACGUCCUUCAUUUGCCGUCACAGUGCGUAGAUUUAUGCGAAGGUGCGAACAGAUCACGAGGGGAAUUGUAAACAUGAACUGGCGCAACUCACGUUUUGAAGGUUAAAGCUUUCAUUUAUAUCACGUUUUGGACAAUUCUAUCAGUGACCUUAGGAAAAUAUUUCACAGAACAUAACUGAUAAAAAAAUUCAGUAUUUUGUCAAUUUGCAGCGUUUCAGAAAAAGCCAAUUGGAACAAGAGUUACAAUUUUCAUUAAGCGUUGAUGUUUUCUAACUGCCGACGUACUGAAACAUUUGUGCAGGUUGUAAAAAAAGGUGACAGAGUUACAGAGUUAACGCUACCUAUCGUUCGUUUCAAGAUGGUUUAUUGCAACCUUGAAAACAACAUUCAAACGUGUUCCUUUUAAUCCCCAUUAAUGAUAUAAACCUCGAUCGACUUCCGCACUUUUUAGGCUCAAAACAUGUAGGAAAAACAUCAACACAAUAUGCAAAAUUUGCAGUUGUUAUGAAAUGCAAAUACACUCCGCUAUUAUUCUGCAAAUGUCAUACUUAUGACAGUCCCGAUACAGUUUUGUCUAUAUUUAUCUUCCCCGUCAACUCUGACUAAACAAGUUAUAAUUUCCAGUUCCAUUCGCUCGUUUGUUUAUACUUUAGCCUAGCAUUGUUAGCACUCCUGUGGCAUAACUUCCUACUGAUGCUGAGCUGCACGGGAAAACAUAAUACAUAGUAUUCGUGCGCGUAAUUCAAUUCGUUGCCUCAAUCAAUAAAAUAGUUUCAAACAGCAGUCUGUUUGAGGAAGCUACCUCGACAAUUCCUGCAAUUUCUUUGCGUGAUCUGUCACCUUAUCCGGUAAUCCAUGAAUGAAUUGACUGAUUGAUUGAUUGAUUGGCGAAACGAUAACACUCCAAUAGACCUUGAAGAAAAUAGUCAGAAUCUAACCAUUAUGUUAUAUCUAUGUCAUCUCUUAUUAAGAUAACUUGAAAAACUCGUUAGAUGGAACACAGUGAUUUUAGUUACGAAUGUGAUGAGAUAUGGAAAUAUUCUUCUGUGAGAUCGAUAAAGAUAACGUUCUAAACGAAAAGCAUCGCUCUAAACACGAUACACUGGCAAAGAAAGUGUUAACAUUUCGCCGACAGGAAUACGUUGUGAAGGCCACACCUAACUCCACUUGUUUCCCAAGCUUGUCUAGGUCGUACGUAGAGCAAAUCAGUAACGUGGCCUGGCCCAAGAACAGAUAUUUUCGACAGCGUUCGCACUCAUACCCAAUGGUUAAGCGUCUAAAUCCGCUGCCACGCCUGAUAGAGGAAGAUGAAACCAUAGAGUUGGAAAAACCAGUGAUUACAAACACAAGGGUUCCUGAGGUACAGAAAUUUAACUGGACAGACAACAAGUUAUCAGAUGAGUGGCUCAACAAAAUCAACAGAUUGACCUCCACCAUGAAUUCCUUGGAGACUUGCACACCAAAAGGCCCUCAUAGUUCCGGAAAAUCGCCUACACCAAACUCCAUCGGUGAUAGAAAAAGAGCAGGAUUUGUAUCUUGUCGUCAAGACUCGUCGACGGCAAUACGGGGAGUUGCACCAGUUGAACGCCUUGUAAAAGUUGCGCGGAAGGAAAGCUUGCCUCAAUUUUCUGACGUACGUAAGCCUGAUUCAACGUACAUUUCUUUGAUCAGCGGAGUCACCCAAGAAACGCAAAAGCUGACGCAUACGCAAUUUGGUGGAGGCAUUGACAACACAGAUAAAAAGCGAACGAACUAUGAACUAAAGAAGGCGAAAAGCUGUAAAAAUCUGAAAUGCAUUCAAAUGAACAUGUUUACUCCACGGAAGCUUUUCUGCUCGUCCCCUAACACUCAAGGUCAGCUGUCGAACAGUUGCGAGUACAUAAAACAGAUUGGUAGAUAAAGAUACGAGUUCACAACUGAUACAUGGACAUGCAGACAUCUAUAGCUCACAGCCGUCUUUCUUUUUUUAAAUGUUUAAAUGAGUAAGUGCACGAGGGGAAAGCGAAGCAUGAGAACAAAAAAAUACGGGGGAGGGGGUGGAGGGGACAGUAAUGUGUUCGUUGAACUUUUCCUCAAGCUCUUAGCGAUGAUCUGAGAGAAAAUAGAAAAUCUGUGAAAAAAAGGCAUCAUUGACUGCAGUGGUUUUCGACUGAGUUGAGUCAACCCAAAUCCUUAGAAAUUUCAACAGCCAAUUAAAACAGACAACAAUACCAGCCAGUGAGAAGUUGUCUAACAUCUGCACGUGAUUUAACCCUAAUCGCGGAAGUGACACGUUACGAUUGAUGAUAGUUUGACAAGUGAAUUAUCGAAUUUUGGAAGUGCGCUUUUCAGUGACAGCUCCAAACAGUACAGACAAAGUUAAACUGGAUGACUUUAAUCGAAAACCGCUCUCUUUAAAUCACUCACAAAAUUCUCUAUCGCGAUCUUGGGUUUUGAAUUAUGUUCUAUAGUUGUAAAAACGGUUUUCUUAAAAUUAACUCAGAUUAUUUGUUCGUUUGAUCUAUUCUUUAACAGUUUUUGUAAAUUAUUUUUGACAAGCAACAUUUAAUUUUCUCCAAUUUUUUUUGGGAGUUAAUCGGAGAAUCUAAUCAAUUAAGAGAAAAAAAAACAUGUUUUACAGAGGAUUUUGUUUUCUACCUGUAUUGAGAGAAAAUUAUUUUAUUUAAAUUAUUUCUUUGAAAACAGCAUGGGAAUAUGUUUAAUUUGACAAAAAAACAGCGGGCAAACAAAUUUUGAAAUAAUGGUAUGUUGUGUGUGUCUCUUAAAGUUGUAAAGGUUUAAUGUAUAUCGCAGGUAAAUUUGAUUGGAAGCUCAAUGACAAUAAAGAAGUUGAUUAUUCCUUGUAAAUUAGAUUAAAUGAAAAUAUAUUAACAAUAGUUUAAUAUAUCAUGUAAGUCUGUCAAGCCUAACUUGAGAAUAAAUAUAAUUUAUUAUUUA